AUGGCACCCAACUUCUUCGGGUGCGACGCGUGCGGGGCGCCCAUCCCAGCGACACACCCCCGCGUGCAGUGCGUCGAGCCGCGAUGCGGCGUUGAUCUGUGCGCGGUGUGCGCGUUGGGCGAACGGGCUGGCACGACGAGUGCCGCACACCAGGCCAGCCACCGGGUGCGUGUGUGGCGACAGAGCGGAGGCGGCGCACAGCAGGGCGUCGUGUCGGCCAUGAGCCUGGGGCUUGUUGCAUCUGGCCAGGCGCCGCAGAUGGGGACGACGAACGCGGCCUUGCCGAGCGCGACACCACCGCCACCUGCUCAGGCGCCGAGUCGGACUGUGUCUCCUGCCCUGCCUGUGUCCGUUACAGGACAGCAAUCGCCGUCACAGCAGCAGCAGCAGCAGCAACAAUCUUUUCAACCUCCACCCAAGCGCAUAUCGACGGCUGGUCCACCGCUACCGUCGCGCACUCGGAUGUCGAUGUCGAUGUCGAUGGGGGGAUUGAAUGGGGCCUCUGCGCCAGGUGGAUCUGCGCCAGGUGGAUCGGCACCGGGAGGGUCUGCACCAGGAGGAUCUGCACCAGGAGGGUCGGCGCCGGGAGGAUCUGUGCCCGAGGGCUACCAUUCCUCCUCCUCCCCUCCCCCACCUACAUACGGUGGCACGUCGUCAGGCGGCACCAGCUCUAGCGCGAGCGGCGCGACAGCUGCACCAGCACCCGGCGGCGGCCUCACCGGCUGGGCUCCGUUCUUCACGCCCGAGAUGGACGGCACGCCAGUGUACAAGCACCUCAUGGGCACGAUUUUCGCGGCGCUCGACCCGCGCCGGACGGGCGCGCUGCAGCCCGAAGUGUUCUCGCGCUUCCUCGCGGACCUGGGGUACGUCGGGCAGGAGAACACAUGGACGGCGAGCCUCGUGGCGACGAUCGGGACGACGAAGGAGGAGGCGGCGGAUGCGGCGUUGCGCCGGGCGUGGGAUCUGUUCAGCGUCGAGUACACGCUUGCCCCGCGGCCGCGGGACCCGCGUGCGCCGCCGGAUGCGCUGACGCAGCAGAUCCAGAGCAUCGGGGGUGCGUUUGCGCGCGCGUUCACGCAGUCGACGUCCGCGGCGCAGUCGGCGUCCGGUGGGCAGAUGCCGAUGAUCACGCUGCGCGGGUUCAUGGAUGUCAUGGCGCUGGAGAUCCUCUGCGAGCCGUCACGGCAUUGGGGCGCGUUCGCGCGGCUGACCAAGAAUCCGGCGUACGGCUUGGCUGGACUUGUGGCUGCAUGGGGUGAGCUGCCGCGGAGCGUAAUUCCAGAGGAGGCGGAUCCACGAAUGCUCGAGCGCGUGAGGAAAGUUCAGGCGUUUGCACAGGAAAGGGCACAGAUCGAGUUGCAAGCGGCUCAUGCCAAGGCCAGUAUAGAGGCUCAGGGUCGGCAGAAUGCGUUGGACUUGAUUAGUGGGCCGAGGUAUAGACCAUGGUGA